CUUCGACGUCGGCGAGUUGCAAUAAAAAUCAUUCGCAGAGCUUUUCGGAUCUGUUGAUUCGCCAUGGACGAGUAUCAAGAGAUGGAGAGGUUCGGCAUGGAGAACGACUUCGAAGGAGGCCGCUGGGAGAACGGCGAGUUCGUAUACGAAAAGCGGAAGGAGAAGCGGAAACAAACCAAGCACGACGCUACUUACGGAGUCUUCGCCGAGAGCGAUUCGGAUUCCGACGAUUCCAGCGGCGGAGGAGGUCGGAGGAAGAAGAAUCGCAGGGAUCUGGAUUCGGGAAGGAAGGCCGACUUAACCAAGCCUGUCAAUUUCGUUUCUACAGGUACUGUUACGCCGAAUCAAGAGGUUGAUAAGGAUUCUAACGAUGAGGAGGAUGAUAUGGUUGUUGAUGAUGAUAGUGAAGUUAGAGGUGGAUUGGGUGCUGGAAGGUCAGGUUUAGGGUUAGGGUUUGGGGGAUUAGGUUUUGAUGAUGAGGAUAGUCUUUUACCUGGUGCUUUUGGGAAGAAGAUAGCUGAGGGGGCGAAGAUGAGAGAGAAGGCUAAGAUGGAGAAGAGAGGUCAAGAGGGUGGUGCAAAGGGAGGGAAGAAGGAGGGUUUAGGUGGUGGUGAUAUAGGUAAGUUUGAGAAGGCUACUAAAGGAAUUGGUAUGAAGCUUCUUGAGAAGAUGGGGUACAAGGGAGGUGGUCUUGGGAAGAACCAGCAAGGUAUUGUGGCUCCUAUUGAAGCUCAGCUGAGGCCGAAGAAUAUGGGUAUGGGGUAUAACGAUUUCAAGGAGGCGAAGUUGCCUGAUUUAAAGAAGGUGGAGGAGAAGAAGACUGUUACGGUUGGUUGGAAUGAUCAGAGUCAUGGUGAUAGAGGAGGGAAAAAUCUCUGGAAGAAGAAGAAGGCGAGGAAGGAAGUUUAUGUCACUGCAGAGGAGCUGUUGGAGAAGAAGCAGGAAGAGGGUUUUGGUGGUGGCCAGACCAUUAUUGAUAUGCGAGGACCACAGGUUCGGGUUGUGACGAAUUUGGAAAAUUUAGAUGCAGAGGAGAAAGCAAGAGAAGCAGAUGUUCCUAUGCCCGAGUUACAGCACAACUUGCGACUGAUUGUUGAUUUAGUCGAACAUGAAAUUCAAAAGAUUGAUAGGGACUUGAGGAACGAGAGAGAAUCAGCCUUGAGCUUGCAGCAGGAGAAGGAGAUGCUUAUAAAGGAGGAAGAGAAGCAAAAAACGCACUUAGACAACAUGGAGUAUAUCGCAGAUGAGAUAAGUCGAAUCGAAUUGGAAAAUACGUCUGGGAGUUUGACGCUUGAUUCACUUGCUAAUCGGUUCGAGGACCUGCAGACAACCUAUCCUCAUGAUUACAUGCUUUGCAACUUGUCAACCAUCGCUUGCUCACUGGCCUUGCCUCUCUUUAUCAGAAUGUUUCAGGGUUGGGACCCUCUUAGGGAUGCAGGGCAUGGUAUGAAGGCAAUAUCUUCUUGGAAAAAGCUUUUGGAAGUCGAGGAAAAUCAAAAUAUAUGGGUAAUCUCAACGCCUUACAGUCAACUAGUCUCGGAGGUAGUGUUACCUGCUGUGCGUAUAGCUGGCAUCAAUACCUGGGAACCGAGAGACCCUGAGCCGAUGCUUAGAUUCAUAGAGACAUGGGAAGAUCUGCUGCCUUCAUCUGUCAUGGAUACGAUUUUGGACACAGUAGUGCUGCCAAAACUGUCGACUGCUGUGGAAUAUUGGGACCCACGAAGGGAAGUUGUUGCGAUCCAUGUUUGGGUACAUCCUUGGUUGCCAAGACUUGGUCAGAAGUUGGAGUUUCUGUAUCAGAUCAUUCAGAUGAAACUGAGUAAUGUUCUUGAUGCUUGGCAUCCUAGUGAUCCAUCCGCCUACACUAUUCUCUCUCCAUGGAAGACGGUUUUUGAUGCUACAAGCUGGGAACAGCUUAUGCGACGUUACAUAGUCCCCAAACUUCAGCUGGCCUUGCAGGAGUUUCAGGUGAAUCCGGCAAACCAGAAUUUAGACCAGUUCAAUUGGGUUAUGAAGUGGGCAUCUGCAGUGCCGAUUCACCUAAUGGCUGAUCUGAUGGAGAGGUUCUUCUUCCCGAAAUGGCUGGAUGUGUUGUACCACUGGCUGCGUGCCAAACCGAGGUUCGACGAGAUCCACAACUGGUAUUACGGCUGGAAAAAGUCAUUCCCGCAAGAGCUUUCAGCAAACGAGAGGAUCCGAAUCCAGUUGAAGCGUGGUUUAGAUAUGUUGAUGGAAGCUGUUGAAGGAGUUGAAGUGUCUCAGCCAAGGGCGAAGGCACAAGAGCAGAGACACUUUGAGCCGGCUCGGGCUCAGGCUAAGGCUCAGAUGGAUAGCAACGAGGUGCUGAGUUUGAAAGAAGUGUUGGAAGUGUUUGCGCAAGAGAAGGAGUUGCUGUUCAAACCUAAGCCGAAUAGGAUGCACAAUGGUCUUCAGAUUUAUGGGUUUGGGAAUGUGAGUGUGGUGAUAGACUCGGUGAACCAGAAGCUGUUGGCUCAGAAAGAUGGAGGGUGGUAUCUUGUAACUCCUGAUGACUUAUUGAGGAUGCACAACAAUGCAAGUGUCUCUGGAAAACGUUAGGCUUUACACUUUUUAAUUAAUGUAAGGUUCUGUUGUAUUGCUAUCACACUUGGUUGGCAAAUAACUUUUAUAAGUUUACAUCAUUUUUCUCUA